ACAGCCGUUGGAGGGGGCCAGCAGCACCGCGCACUGGUGAACACUCUGGUGACUGAUACAGAUGUGCUUCACUGCGUGCAGGCGCAGGUGGACCAGAGAGCUUUAGACAACAGACAACAGACUACCAACACUUUUACUUUCACUGGCUUCAUUUUUGGAGCUUUUCCCCCCUAAAACUGAGAAUUGAAUUCGAAGACGAAGAAGAAGAAUCUGGGAAAAUAAUAAUAAUAAUAGAAGAAAUCUUCCUUUCCUCAGGUGAAGACAGAUUCAAAAAGCAGGUCAUUGCACAUCUUUGAGAGAUGUUUGAGAAACAACCCUACGGCAGUCCCCCAAUGUACACCCCACCUUCCAAUGGCUUUGGACCACCGGGGAGCUUCCAAGACCCACGGAGUGAAUUCGAUCCCUACCCUCAACCUCCAGGAUCCUACUAUGUGGGCGAGGAGGUGCCACAGCACUUCUACAAAUGGUUCUCCCCUCCGGGAAUUGUGAAGAUUAUGAUGGGAACCAUCAUAAUCCUCUGUCUGGGAAUCUUCGCCUGUGUGGCCUCGACUCUGGUUUGGGACACGCAGUAUGGAUUUGGUUACGGAUCUGGAUAUUCCAGCUAUCCUGGAUAUGGAAGUGGAUACGGCAGUGGGCAUGGAUACGGAAGCUACGGAUACGGAAGUGGAUAUGGAUACGGAAGCUACUACAAUUCUUACCCGACCCCUUACUCGGCAAAGACCAGUAUGAUCGCCAUUGCCGCCAUAAACUUCAUCAUUGCUUUGGGAUUCUUUGCAGUUAGCUUCUCCAAAACAAACACGUUCCGCAGCAGGAAGUUCUACCUGGUGGUGCUUGUUAUUUGUUCUAUAAUGGCUGUGAUUCAGGGCAUUAUAAACAUUGUGUACAUUGUAGGAGUGAACCCUAUGGCCCAGAGCUCCACCAGCUCAUACUACAACCCCAUGCUUCUCAUGUGUCAGAACCUCUAUGGCAGCAGUGUGACAGGAAUGGGGGCCGGCUUUCCUCUCUAUAACCAGUACUUGUACCACUACUGCUACGUGGACCCUCAAGAGGCAGUUGCAAUGGUUUGUGGGUUCAUGGUUGUGGUGGCACUGGCUGUGGCGGCCUUCUUCUCCUAUAGGACCAGAAGUAAAAUCUGGCACUAUGGGAAACCAAACAUCUACUGGGAUCGACCACUAAUGGGAUUUUAAAUAUAUUGUUUGUACAAUAUAUAUAUGUAUAUACAGUAUGUCAACCACGUACAGGAUGGACAGAGCGUGCAGGAGGCAUCCAUGGUGUUCUCAGAGAAGAUGGCUCCUGUUCUGAUUUCAGCCCCCAGUGUCGGCUCCAUCCCCCUGAAGACCGGCAGUUCCCAGUACGAAACCGAUUUUUCCACCCACAGUUACCCUGAGCGCUCUUUCAGCCGGCCAUCUCAUUCUACAUCCCCGUCUGGAGAAGUGAGCUCAAGCCCCUCCGACCAGACGGACACCAUCCGCAAACCGUCCGCCUCCAGGGGCAAGAGACGCAGGAGGAACCCUGAGCUGGAUGAGUCCCAGUACGAAACCGAGUACACAACGGGAGGAGAGACUGCCAACGAUUUUGAUGAGGAUCUAUGGACACGUCUGUAUCCAGAGAUCACGUCUGACACCCAGCGACACGAGUACAAGAAAGAGUUUGACUCGGACCUCAGGACCUAUAAGGAACUGUGCGCCGAAAUGGACGACAUCAGCGAUCAGAUAAACAAGCUCAGCAGAGAGCUGGACACACUUGAAGAGGGCUCGUCCAAGUACCAGGCUGUAGCAGAGGAAUAUAAUCAUCUCAAAGACCUAAAACGGAUGCCAGAUUAUCAAAACAAGAAGCACCUUUGUCGCAAACUGCGCCACAAGCUUUUCCAUAUUAAACGAAUGGUUAAGAUCUAUGACCGCCGUCAGUAAUAAUAAGCUGCAUUAAACCACCACACCUGCUCUCCUUGUUAAACACUUUUGCAUUUAACUGAUGAAGCCAUCAAACGACUGUGUGACCAAAGUUGCCCGAAACUGCUGUAACAAUGGCUUCAUCAAGUGCUUAUGAUUAACCUGAACCCUAAAGAUGGUUGGAAACGAAGACCAGAGAUUUCAAAACCGGUCCUUCCAAAGUCUUUCCAUUACCUGGAACUUGUUCUUUCACUGGAAACACCUGCUUUUUGUAGAGUGAGUGACUUCAUGUAGCCUGUAAAAUGCCAUAAAGCAUUGCAAUAUUGUUGUUGUUUUUUUGUUGGAUGCGGUUUUGUGUGCUAACUUCGAGGUCAGCUGAUUACAUGUGUUUGUUGGAGGAAAUGUACUUCGGACAAUCCUCUCCAACUGAGUAAUUUGCACCUGCAUUGUCACAUCUAUGCUAUCAGUUUCCUUGUGUAUGACUGUAAAUGGGUCGUGUGUUUUAUUGUCUAUUUCUGUAAAGGUGUAACAGUGGGGCACUGCUUGUUUUCAAGUCAGAAAACACAAACGUCUUUGUUUCGAGGUGUGCCAGAAUAGUUCCCAGAAACAAUUGAGGUAUUUAAACUAGCACACAAUUACAGAAUUAUAAUUUUUUUAACAACUGACUGCCUCAGUAAAAGAAGAAAUGGACAUUUAAAUCACAAAGAGAAACUGGAAUUUCAUAUUCAGUUGUGAUUUUUAAAGUUGAGUUUUGUAAAAAAAAAAAAAAAAGAAAAGAAACGGUGCCGUUGCAAAUAUGCAAAGAUUCUGUUCAUUUAGUUCUAGAUGUUUAUAUCUCAUUCUCAUUGCAUUUGAUUCAUUUCGAAAUAUUGUGAUCUUCCUGCAAUUUAAAACAGUAAUAGCUGCUUUUAUCUCUAAUCAAUCAAAUAUCUAUGCAAGAUCAAAUAUUGAAGUUAUGUUUGUUUUGUAAUGUUGUUAUAGA